CGCCCAAUAUUAUUAGCACACCGUUGACAAGGACAACAUCUUUUCUCGUGCUCGUCCGCUCCAAUCAAUGGGCUGUUUGAUUCCUCCGGAGCAUCAGCUUGCUUGUGAAACCCAUUAUAUGAUCAAAGAUAGAAUCUGAGGACAGAGAAAGUUCAUGGUUGAUGUCGUGAGAGGACUUUCCUUUUCGGUAUUAGCGCUCCUUUGACUGGUCGCAAUCCACCAAUGGCACUUUCCUGAGAGCAGUCGGGAACUGGAGAUCUUAUAAUAAUAUUAUCGGCUAUCUACGUAUUCCUCUGUUUGAGGCAAGCUGGAUCUCUCGCCACCGUGCGUGCUACCAAUAAGAGCGACAAGAAACCAUCUGACCAGCUGUUCACCUCCCUCCGCAGUGGGUGUGCAGGCGACGGCGAAGUAGCGCUCCCGGGAAUCGCUGCACUAGUGGCACGGGGUAGUACGUUGUGGUGUGUGCUUGCGCGCGGGCGCGAGUUUGUGUGUGUGUGUGUAUGCGUGUGCGUGUGUGUGUGUGCAUGGUCCCCACCUACGUGUGUGCAUGUGCAUACUCGUAGUCAGCAUCGCGUCAUCUGUAGACAAAUAGCUGUGCGUGCACCGUGGAUGCGGCUAAGAUCACAGCAUGCAGCGCCAAUGGACUGGACAUAUACAGUGCAGCCCUAGCCCUGUCUGUAGACGCAUGAUUAUCACUUGGCUGAGUAUGCCACUGAUCAGCACACUGAUAAUGCUGGUCGUGAUCUUGCAGCAAGGGGCCAGUUUAGCUGAAGACAAAUUCAUCGUGAGCUUACCGGCCACGACUUACUAUGAUGAGCACAGUAUUGCAUCUGCCUCGCUAGUGCUUCUAACCUGCGCCAUCAGGGGCAACUCCAGCUCGACGAGAAUUUCUUGGUCAGGGGUGAUGAUCGAUGCCGGGACAAGUGGGCAGGUUGGAUCACAGACUGACCACCGUGUCGGACCCGGCAUUAGUUCACAGAAUGUGACAGAAGACCAAGGCGACUCGCUAACCAUCAGCACCAUAUCACUAAACAUGACCGACCUACUGCGGCGCAAAAUCGCACACGUCCGCUGCAGGGCUGACAAUGGCAACCUAUCAUCAAGAACCGAGCUGAAACUGGCAGGUCAACCCCUGACUUGUCCGACCGCCGCUUCCGCCAUGGAUCGUGCAACAUCAGCACAACGUGCUGCGGCCUCGGCAAGCCCUGAUCCAGGCCAGAGUGACUGCGUGGUGCCACUGAUUGGGCAUACAACACUCUUCUGGGCGGUGGUGGGCGGAGGAGGACUGGGCUGGCUGGUAGCCCUGACAGUCACCGCCAUCUCGUGCUCCUCUGCCAAGCGCAAGGGUAAGGACAGUGGCAAGAGGGAUAACCACAGGGGUCCGGCGCAGAACAAUCAGCGCGGUGUGCCAGAGCGGACGAGACGCGAAGAGCAGCGUCGGCAGCGGGAGGCCGGCGAGGUACGCCUCAGCAUCUCCGCGCAUCAGCUCAUGCACGCCAGCGACAGAGAGGAGGACACGACACUUUUCACCAACCCGCUCUUCGAAUCGGAGUCGCUAGCUCGCCGUGUGCAGUACACUCAGCAGAAAAGCACGGCGGCGGCACGCAGACCGUUGCCCCUACCGUCUGAGAUGCACGAACCCGGGGCAGACCACUCGCUCACUAAGCAACACCUACCUCAACACCAUCAACAGCAGCAGCACCAUCAUCAGCAGCAUCACCAUCAACAGCCGCAGCACCAGCAAGAGCAGCAGCCACAGUCAACAUCUGCACAUGCCUCAAGACCUAUGUCGAUUGAUCUACGUCCACCCGCGCCUUUGCCACAUAAUGCCAAAGCCGAACUGCCGACCACCCUUCCGAGAUCAAUGUCAGCCGAUAACAGCAGGCCUAUCACCAGCCCCACUCAUCCUGGCUCUGCCCAACUGCAGGGACAACUGCCCCAGGUAGCACUACAGCGCCUGGCGUCGAAUCAAGAUGUGCGCGCACCACCCGCGAUACCAACAACACAACGUCCCACUCUGCCCCGACCAACGCGCUCUGCCACCGACCUAACCCAGGACCCGGGGACGGGCCAAGUCCUUUUCAACACGUCGAGGAAAGAGAAUCAACAUACUCCCGCGGCGAGCGGACCCGCAUCUCACGAGUCAACUUUACUGGCCUCAUCGCAUUCCAAUGCGUCGGGACUGGAGAGCACUGUUAGUGAUUAUCUGCUACCGAUGACCAUUAGUGAGUCAGCGGCGUGGAGUAAGCAAUAUCCAUCGCCUCAGCCGCAGGAGUAUGUCAUAAUGAACGACGGCGGAGAGCUGAACGAGGACGACAACUAUCUCGACAUGGUCCACGUCCACAGCGGCCAGCCGCAGUUGCCCGUUGGGCCCCUCUCACCCUCGUCCGACACUGAAGAACUACUGGCCAACGGCGGAGGAGUCAUUGCAGAGCAGUCUCGGGUGGCCAUUCCACGACGUACCCGCCGCUUGAGCACGCCGAGCGGAGCUCCACAGUUCCGUAGAAAUGUGAGCGGGAAGAUGAGGGAGUGACACAACGCGUUAGCCAAUCUCAAACGCACUAGUACUUUGAAGACUGCCAUGCAGUUAAUUAAUACGUACAGAUCUAGGUUCUAAAACAAACUUACACACUCGCAGUCUUUCCAUGGUCUGCAGAGCUGCUUCAGUUGCACAGAGCAGCAUGCGAGUCUGUAUGUACUGUCCGUGAUAGACAUAGUUAGAGACAGUUGUAAAUUAGGAAGUUCACCACCGCCACCACAGGGUAUGUCUCAGCUUCAAACUUUCAAGCCAAUUUUAUGCACCAACCUCGGUACUACGUGUAGCAGUUCAGAUGCAGAAUAAUGUGCGGCACUGUUGUGGAAUGAUGUGAUCGAGCAGGAAAAGACAUGCCAACGCAUGUUGUAUAACGGGUACGAUCACCUGUGCUUCCUCAUAAUUAUUAUGACAUCAUAGCGAACUUAGAGAGCCACACCAACUUGCCACUGAUCACGACACACACAUGUACACAUAAACACACAGGAACACACACACACACACAUACACACACAGUGACACACACACACACACACACAUAUAUAUAUUAUAAUAUUAUUACAAGUAUAUCACUUGGUUCUCUGCCCUGUGCGAACCCAUUUUUUUUAAAUAAUUGCCAAUUUUACCUCAAAGCUGCACUGUUUGUAUGUUGUAAACUAAGGUAAAAAUAAGAAUGAUCACUGAGAAUGCAUAUUGGCCUCACACACGCCUCACACUAUAAAUGUACAUUAACUUUA